AUGUCCAAGAGAGAUAACGCUGGCGAUGUCGUCGCGAAUCGCAUAAGUCUGCUCGAGGCAAAGGGACAAAAGCUCUUGGCAUCGCUGUAUGGGUCGCGGCCUGAAUGGAACACUGCUGCGGAAGGUGCUGCGAAAACGCAAGAUGAAGACGAUGACCAAGACCUGAAACAAAACUACGCUCACGACAGAAUCGGUCUUGGCGGCAUACUCCCCAAGGACGUUGAAGAUGGCAGCUUCACCCGAAGAAUAGUAACAUCAGACGACAAACUCCUACAGCAAUUAAUAGGAAAGAAGAAAGCAAAAGCACAUAUCACUGCUAAGCAGGAAGCUGCAAGGCCUAAUGCAGCGGCCAAAGCACAACCAUACAGGAAGCAGGCUGCAAAGAAAGAAGAGUCGGAUGACGAUGAAGAAGGGAGGGCUGCAACAUUCAAGUCUAAGAGGCAGAAGAAGAUAGAGAGGCAAGAAGUUAGAAAAGCCGACAGCGAUGACGAGGAUGAGGAGACGAGAGCGAAAAGACUACAAGGUAGUGCAGCGAAAGAGGAAGACGGGGUAUUGAAGGAGAAGAUAGCCACAGAAGCUCAAGUCGACGCGGAACCUAUCAAGAAGGAAGAGGAUGACGAAGAAGAAGCGGAAGUCACACAGCCCGUACCCAAGAAAGCGCGAACAAAACCAAAGAGUUUCCUCGACGAGAUCCUAGCAGAACGAUCGAAGAAGAAGAGUAAAAAGGGCAAGGCAUAA